AUGUACACCUACACCCCUACUCACCGAUUCCUGGUCCUCUCGGCCCCCGAAUCAACCCCAGCGGCCUCCAGCCACAGGUUCCUCGUCCUGUCUCCCACUGAAUCCGGCCCAGACCCUCGCGCCUGGGAAGACCAGCCGUCCCAACCGAGUCCCUCCAACCAAAGCCCAACUCUGGUGCCUUCAACUCUGCGCCGACCCAGCAGCUCUCUGUCUACAUCAUCAGCAGACUUUCAGCUGAAUGAGACUACCUCGACUUCUCCAAGCGAUUUUCUCUACCUGGGCCACGGCCGGUCCAAAAUCGCCCGGACAUGA